UUUAAUUAAUUAAUGUAGUGAAUUAUAAUUAUAGAUAAUAAAAGGAUAAUAAAAUGCGACUUAUUUCCUAUCUCUAGUUCUGAACUUAGUUCUACAAUUAACGCUAAUGUAACGUUUAUCAUCUCGUUCUUUGUCGCUUUGUAAUCGGUUUCGUUUAUAAACACUUCUAUGUCAUAAAAUGGUAAUAACUGCUUUAGCUGGAAAUUUGACAUUCUUUACUAUUUUUCUGAGAGCUUAGAGAUAACACGUUCUAUGACCAUAAUCAUACGUGCAAAAGAGUGAAUUAUUGUCGAAUAAGCCAGCUAUUAACAGAUGAUAACAAGGCAACAAGGCUCCUAAGAAACGUAUGUUAUCAGUGGUAAGAUCAUGCGACACCAACGAUCGGUCUUGCAUAAGCAAUCAGUCUCGUAGGAGUCAUCGGAGCGACCGUUCACGCGUGAAAGCCGGAACGAUUAUGUCACAAUUUCUUAGUGGAUCACAAGACAACGUGCGUGAUAACGAAGGCAAUGGCAGAAAUAUGGAAAGCAGACGAAAUAGUGGCAUGGCCAACGGUAAUGAGCAGGAAGGUCGCGUUCUGGUACUCUACACGGGUGGCACGAUAGGAAUGAUGAGGAAUGAGCAAGGAGCCCUGGUACCAAUAACCAAUGCGUUUGUCAAGAAUCUGCGGAAAUAUCCACAAUUAUACGAUCGCGAGUAUGCCGAGAAAAGAUUCGGUGCGAUGGGACCGCUAGUGCUGCCCGUGACCGCAACCGAUAGUCGGCGAGUCGUUUACAGCGUAUUCGAGUACUCGAAUCUCUGCGACUCCAGUAACAUGACCAUGGAUGAGUGGAUUCGUAUUGCUAAUGAUAUCAAGGAAUCCUACGAGCGCUUCGAUGGAUUCGUAAUCCUUCACGGUACCGACACUCUCAGUUAUACCGCGUCCGCCUUGUCCUUCAUGCUCGAGGCUCUAGGCAAAAUCGUCAUCUUGACCGGCUCGCAAGUUCCUAUUUUUGAUACGAGGAGCGAUGGCUUGGACAAUUUCCUGGCGGCCCUUGUAAUCGCGGCGAAUUACAAUAUACCGGAAGUAUGCGUGUUCUUCGGCACGAAUUUGUUACGCGGCAAUCGGACGAGCAAGACGUCCGCGUCAUCCUUCGAAGCUUUUCAAUCGCCGAAUUUCCCACCCCUAGCAACGGCGAACAUCAAGAUCGAAGUCGAUUAUCGUUCGAUUUUCCGUCCGUGCACCAUGGAAAAAUUCUAUGUACACGCAUCGCUCAAUCGGAACGUAGGCUUGCUUCGGUUGUUUCCCAGCAUUACGUCUGAUCUGGUCAAAGUGUUUCUUCAACCGCCCAUUGAGGGUGUUAUACUACAGUCCUAUGGCAUGGGGAACGUUCCGACGAAUCGCGAGGACAUCAUCGAGGAGCUUCGCGCGGCGACGAAACGCGGCGUUAUCAUCGUGAAUAUCACGCAAUGCGCGACCGGAUGCGUCUCGGACGCGUACGAAGCUGGAAAACUGCUUCAAAAAGCUGGUGUGAUAUCGGGCUUUGACAUGACGCCGGAGGCUGCGUUGACGAAACUCGCGUACGUCUUAUCGAAAAACGAGUGGGACACGGAGACCAAGCGGCAAAUGAUGCAAACGAAUUUACGGGGUGAACUGACCGCCGGCCGACCACCCACUAUACAGGACUGGGAUCUGGUGGAGGCUGUCGCUAGAUCCUUGAGAUUAUCCUCGGCGGCGGAACUUCAAGAGCUGGGAUCGAUCCUGUUCCCGGCUAUGCUGAACGCCGCGGUGAUCAGACGCGACGUUGUCAAACUCGAGUCAUUAAGAGGAUACGGUGCGGAUAUCUCGCAGGCGAACGCAGAUGGUCGAACGGCUUUGCACAUAGCCUGCUGCGAGGGGGACCUCAAGGUUGUGCGACGUCUUCUGAAAAUGGGUGCGAACGUUCAUAUUAAGGAUCGAUUUGAUCGCACGCCGCUCACCGAUGCGAUCGAAUACGAUCGUCACGAGAUCAUCAGGGUGCUGCUGCAGUGCGGAGCGCAUCUUCACGGAGAAGCUAUGAUGAUAGGCGAGAAAAUGUGCGCGGCGGCGACCAUCGGAAACACGAAACGUCUGCAGUCGUACCUGCUGGCCGGCGCCGAUCUGUCGCAGAAAAACAUCUCUGGACGUACACCAUUGCAUUUUGCCGCUCUCCACGAUCACGUGGAAACGACAAAGUUCCUGAUGGAUCACGGCGCGGAUCCGCGCUGCGUCGACAUGUUAGGGAAAACCGCGGCGGAUCUUGCGGAGGCUGCGCGAGCCGCGGGUGCGACGCGUCUGUUGGCACCCUUCAAGCAGAACGGUGUCCAGUACGUUGACGAAAAAAUUGUAUCGAGAGUACAAAAUCUUGAUCUAUCUCAGUAAAUUUCAAAGCGAUCUGGCGAGGGAUGCCGAAUCAAAACUCUGAGCUAACCGCGAUUCGUUUUAUGUCUCUCUGUUUAUUUUAUUCUAGACUACCGCUUAACGCGUUAAGGAAAGAUUUAUUUAUCGAAAAUUAGAUUCUUGAGUGAGAUCGAUACAGUCAGGUUUUAAAGACUGAAAAAUAUGUGAUAGAAUUUUGGAGAGGAAUAAGCGCAGCAGAUAUUUAUGCUUUGCUUUAUUUUAGAUUCUUGAGUUUCAAGUUUUAUUAUAACGACAAACAAUGCGUAACACAAUCGCGAAGUCACAGUUCGUUCCGUAACAAAUUGGGUACUUUUGUAAGUAGCAAAAAUAUGUAAAAAUAUAUAUAAAAAAUAUAUAUACUUACUACAUGUUUAUUAUAUGUAGUUACAAUAAACAAUAGCGGAAAAAUAAAAACAAAUAAUUUCCAAACGAGUAAAACGAGAAGAUCAAUGUUUCUUAAAAAAUUAGAUUUUGUGAAUUCAAAAUCUAUAUUUUAACAAUAUAUAUAAAA